AUGUCCAACAUAAUCCCUAGCAGUCCUCUACUGAGUAUUGAUACCGAGAAGGGAAUCUCACCUUCAGCCCCAGAGAUGGCCCAUAGUACAAAGUUAGCAGAGCGCAAGAAACGUACUCGAACAGGCUGUCUAAACUGCAGUCGGAGACGGCGAAAAUGCGACGAAGCUAAGCCAACAUGUAUUGGCUGUAAGCGUCGCGGCGAAGAUUGCCAGUGGCGCAUGCUCGGUUCAUUCCGCGAUGCCAACAAUAAGGUGUUAGAAUCAGAUCAUCCUUCCAUGAGUCAAGGAGGGGCUGUCAGCAGUAACAAGAGUCAAAGCAAAUUCAAGAUCUUGAAUAACUUGCCAGAUCUUCCCCGUACGCGGGGUGUCAAACGGCAAUUCGAAGCAGAGAGGGUCCUAGAUCUGAGUCAGUCAGAAGCAGCUGGCUUGUCUCCUUCGCUGCCGCCAUCCACAAAAAAUAAUAAAGAAGCUGCACCAAUAACAGACGAGACUGCAGAAGAUCAACAGAUCUACGUGGAUAAGGCGAAUCAUACUUCAGUUCCCAGUCCUGAUCACAUUCAGGUACUGUCGCCGCUUUUAUCUGGCCACUCGCAUAUCCCCCAAGACCCCUGUCAAUCUCCCUGCCAUAACAACAAUCAGGAAAAUGUCAGUCAGAUCAGCCUACAUGACGCCACUGACCAGUGCCCAUUUUUGGGAGAUCUACAGUGUGACUUUGAGCCUUCUCUUCAUGGCGAUACUUCCUCCAAUGCCUAUCUAAAUUCCAGUCCGGAGUUUAUGAUAGAUGACCUCAAUGCAAUACGUAAUCUCACGCCAAACUCUCAAUUCCAACCUUCCGUUUCCGGCUCAUAUCAAUCUCACUCACCCCUCUUCAAUCACAGCAUAUUUUCCGACCCAACAGAGUUCACGGACGAUGUCUUUCUUCCAGGCUCGACAUAUGAGGCUCUUCAUACUACUCUGCGAAAUCGUCAAUUGCGGACUGUAAGACCUGAUGUAACAAGUCUGUGUAGUCCACGGGGGUCAAUCUCUCAUAUCCACACACCAAGGCCAUUCAGUGACUCGGAUACCUUCAACAGGCCAGGACGAGAGCAUUGGCAUACAAGACCUGGCAGAUUCAUUGACCUCUCCCCUGGACGGGAACAUGCUCUGUGGCAGAACUAUUUGAAUGAAAUCUGCUCAUGGCUCGAUAUGUUCGAUAAUAAUCAUCACUUCGCCUCCACGUUCCCUCAGAUGGCCAAAGCAGCACCUCACCUCCGCUACUCUAUCCUUGCUUUAUCCGCGCGACAACUCGAAAGGUUACAAAGUAAAAAGUCCCAAUCAGAAAGCUUGUCGCUUUAUCAAGAGGCUAUACAUCUCCUGUUGCCGGAACUGGAAACAAAGACAACACCUGUUAUUGCCUCCUGUGUGAUUCUAUGUGUCUUGGAAAUGCUGAGUUGUAAUCCAAAGGAAUGGCGCCGCCACUUAGAUGGUUGCGCGUAUCUGAUCCAGGCGGCCGGUAUCAACGGCUUCUCUGGAAAAGAAGAGCAGGCAUUAUUCUGGUGCUUUGCGCGAAUGGAUCUCUGCGGUGGUCUCAUCUCAGAAGAGGAGACAAUUAUCCCAAUUCAUAAUUGGAGGCCUCGUGACAUGAGUUGCGUAGAGGCGUCGCUUGUGUUUCUCUCCUCAGCAAAUACCAAUUUUGAUACCUACGCGAACUAUACAGUUUACCUCUGUGCAGAGACACUUGCAGUUCUUUUUGGCACUGGAUCGAAAAGUUUGCAUCCCUGCACAUCAUGUCAGUCGGUCACGGAUGAAGAAGGAAAUUCAUAUGUUCGUCGUUGGCAAGAGGUAUUCAGCCAUGCGCAGCUGUGGUAUGAGAACCGGCCCAGCCAGAUGAAACCGGUUUUUACAGUUGCUGUCGCUAAGCCUGGGUAUUCCGGACGGAACAGACCGUUUCCGACCGUUUUGUAUGGGAAUGGAGAUGCUAUCUCUGGCAAUCAACUCUACCAUGUUUGCGCUCUUUUGUUACUUCAAAGCAGACCCAAGACCUUGAAACUUUCCAAGAAGCCAAAAUCACUGCUAUGGCACGCCCGCCAUAUUUGUGCUAUUUCUGCUUCCAACGAACACCAUGGUUGCUGGACAAAUGCCCUCCAACCUCUCUGGAUAGCGGGGAAGGUAAUGUCCCAUUACUCCGAGCAUGCAGCAAUCGUCGAUACGUUGGUUCGGAUCGAGCAUGAAACUGGGUGGGCUACUGCAUGGCGAGUCGAGGACUUGAAAGAAUUCUGGGGAGAUUAUGAUAACGAUGACGAGUGCCAUGAUGAGAUGGAUUGA